AUGACUGCAGGGAUCCGAAGGAGUCAAUUCGCUGCUUACACUGUGGUCACUUACCUUGGUGCAAUAUGGUCUGUGUUCACCUGCGUUCAGUGUAGCAUGUCCUUCUUAGAAGCAUCCAUAAAGCUAUGCCAGGGCGUGAAUCUAAUCAUAGUAGCCAAUUUCGUCUUGAUUAACACUAUUCUACUAUGGAAGGGUCUGACGAAACUACUAUUCGGUGAGCUAAGGCUCCUGGAAUACGAACACAUCAUUGAGAGACUCUCCUUCACCAUUGUCAACAGCUUUUUUAUCACUUCAUCAUUCCCGGAUAACGAGUUUCUCACGGUGCUAGCUUUCACAGGAGUGCUAAUUUUCGUUAAAGCGUUCCACUGGGUACUCAAAGAUCGCCUGGAAUAUGUUUUUCAAAGUACUGACGAGCAUACGAACAUUUUUGGGCUCAUAUGCUCCAAGUUUGUUGUCAACGUAUUUUUAUUGACCUUCGUGGACUACAAGUUUAUCAAGUUCUGCUACGGCGGAUCUGCGAGUAGCAUUGCUAGAUCUACAAUGUACUUGCUGUUUGGUACUGAAUUUGCAGUGCUGCUUGUCGACGUGUUGGAAGUUGCUAUGAGAACUAUCAUCAACUUAACGGAGCUGUACCAGUUUCAGUGUGCUUACGCACAGGACGGAGAUGAUUCCACGGGCCUUGAAGGUAAAUUUAUCUACGAGAAAAUUGUGGAACUGAUCUGCCGAAUAUCCAAGCUCUGUGUGCACGCGGUUCUGCUGACUCCAUCCAUAAUACCUUUCAUGGUAAUAAAGGACAUUGUCCUGGACAUCUUUUCCAUCUACCAAACAGGGAGAUUGAUAUGGAAAACUUUAAAGAAUAAUCGCCAACUCGAUGAAAAGUUACCUGACGUCAGUGAAGAUGAACUUCGUCUACUGAAUGACAAAAUGUGCAUCGUGUGUAUGGAGGAUCUAAAUUUUUUGCACGCGGAGCAUGCCACCACUCAUAAGCUGAAGGCCAAGAGACUUCCGUGUAAUCACAUCCUACAUCUGGGAUGUUUGAAGAGCUGGAUGGAAAGAUCUCAAACGUGCCCGAUAUGUCGGGUUUCUGUGUUUGACGAGAAAGGUAAUGUGGCACGCAGCACCCACAGAUUUUCAGAGUCACAGGCCGCAAUACCUACAGAAAACAGGGAUUUACCUGUUUCGCCCACUGUUAACUUAACAGAGAAUUUGACUCCUAGCACAAUGCAUACUUCUUCAACAUCAUACGCGGCAGCUACCAGUCUAAGAUGGUAUGCAUGCCCAAUAUUACCUGGUAGUACCGCUAACAGAGUAAAAUUCAAAAUGGCCGAUAGUGAUGGAAAAGAGCUCGUGGUGACUUUAACACAUAAGAAGAAGAUAGGAAUCGAUGAGCGGAAAGAGUAUUUUCCCAACUCUCGAAAAAUAGUUAUAAGGGAGGAGUCUCUUGAAAGGUCUUAUGAGGUAGACAGGAUGAAGAGGAGAAUUUCAGACCUUGAGAGUAGAGUUCAAGAGCUAACGAAAAAGGCGAGGACUGAAUAA